CACACUGUGACGCCAGCCCUGACAGCGUCUGAAGCGCCGGGGCCGGGUACGGCCAGCAGCUCGAGCUAACCACGAUUAUUGCUCCUGGUUGGCCCCGAUAAUCACACAAUCCAUCACUCAGAUCGCAGAUCGCUCAGGCUCGUGCGGGCCUGGUCUUGCCAGCGGCGCUCGAUCUUCGAGUUCCUUUUUCUCCGCCUCGGAAAUCGAGAGUGAAUUCAGCCUGGCUCUGUAGAGCCGCAACGGACGAAGUGAAAGCCUGGAGAGUUUGGGGGAAUUCUCUUCAAGGCCAGCAAACCAGGCGUGCGCAGCCCUGCCUCCGUCCGCAGCGUCGCUUGUUCCCAGGUUUCUUCGCACGGAUCCCGACUUGCCUAGACUGUGGUUGUCUCGACUCUUCGCCGCUCCUUUUCCCCCUCGAAAUUUUUGGGGCUUUCUGGGGUUGUUCUAACCAAAUCCCAUCGGACUUCUCGACGCCGAUUUUUCGCUGCGCAGCACGGUCAUCCCAGACCACAAGUCGAUCAUGAGCACCGCAGUGGCGAUGGCCCCUUCGCCGGCUCCCCACGACAGGCCGUCCUACGGUUCUGACCUGCCUCCGCCUGCCACCACAUCGUCCCCGACCACGCAGAGGACAGCAGCUGCUCCCCCGCCCCCUCCCCCAGCAACCGCAGCCCCGGGGAAUGCGAGUGCACCACCAUCGCGGUCUGGCAGCGGCAGCCCGAAGGGCGCGGGUGCCACUCUGAGCACGCAGAAAUCGUCUCCGCCUAGCGCGUCUCGGCCGAAAAUUGUCGUCAAGAAGGAGCCUGGUUCUCCCGGCCUGCCAACCGGCAGGCACCGGCCGAGAAAGCUAGACCUCUCUAAUAACACAAGCAUCGUUUCUCCCGCCACCGGACGGCCCCUGACCGGGCGGGAGGGACUGGGCAUCCAGGAAGUCGGCAUCGCGUGUUUGUCACCGGGCUUCGUUCCGAAGGAUGCCACGGAGCAGGAGCAGUUGAACCGCAGCAUGACUGUGCGGGAGCACCAAAGACAAAUAAUCGAGGCGAGGUUACAACAGCAGUCGGCGAAGUUGGGAGAUGGCCCUGAUAAGGAUAAGGAUGGAAACCACGGAAGCCACUUUGCUGCGAAGACACCCGGCCUGGCGCGCAAGCGCGGGGCGCCGCCGGGUUUGAGCAUCGUGGCUCCGUCACACGAACAAUUCGCAAACGAGCGGGUCAUCCAAUCCGCUCCGCUCGGGCAAACGUUCACGGGGAGACACAACCCACACCCGCUGACGCGGCACAUCACCAACCAGCCCUCCAACCUCGCCAGCACGUCGCACAUCCACCACGUGCCAGCCACACAAACCAACAACCGCCUCCCCCCGAUCGCCGACGUCUUCGGGCAGAGCCUGUCGGGCCACCCGGACUCGAGCAGCCACGCGCUCUUCGCGAGCCAGAACCGCGGCCCUCUCCCCUCGCCGCAUCACCCGCCGCCGCAAGCCUCCCGGCCGCGCGAGUACAAGACCGCGGAGGAGGCCCAAGCCGAGCUGGCCGGUGGCCGGCCCGAGCUCAUGCCAAAGUUAGUACACUACGGCGGCCACCAGCCCCCGACGCCGCCGUCCCCCCCGCACACGCAGGCCCGUGACCAACCAGCACACACUCUUGGUCGCCAUUCUGGCAGCAAAGACCAUCUCCACCAGCCCAACAACCUCAGACCCCCACCAAGCCUAGCUGACCCCCUUGGCCCCUCCACCAGCACCCGCAACCUAAGCAGCUCCCACGCCGCGGCCGCGCCCGCCGGCGGCAGCAGCAGCAGCAGCAGCACCAUGAAGCGCCGCCGCGCCGAGUACGAGGAGGGCGGUAGCCCGCCGCUGGGCAACGGCGCCCGGCCCGCGCCCGCCGCGCCGCUGCCGUAUGGCGCCUCGUCGACUGCCUCCGCGGGCGCGAGGAGGGGGCCGUUCGGCGAGGGCCGCGACAGCCCGGACACGAUGGAGGCGAAGAAGGAGGAGUUUCUGAGCUUGUGCGCGAGGGCGUGGGAUUUGUUUCAUUCUUGAGUGGGGGGUGUGUUAUUUUUCUUCCUCUUGUCGGGUUGUGAUUGCUGGUUAUUUUUGGUUAAGACGGGGUUGAGGCGGCAGCGAAUGCCGAGGAUCGAUCGGGAUUUGAU